AAACUCGUCUAUAUGGUUCAAGGAACUGCACAAAGCAGUAAGAAAACGGUAGUGAUUUUUUAUCCUUUAAUAUUGUAAGUCUAGAAGGUUGUCAAGGUAACAUCAGAACUACUGUAAGACGUUCAGAAUCUCUUCGGUGUUUAAAGGAGUGACAGGCACGUCCAAACUGGAGUUACUGUGCCGAAAGUAAAAGUUUGUCUUCAUUGGAGAAAUGGUUCUUCUUGUCAAGAUGGAAUAUGUAAAAAACUUGUUGUUUUCCUGUGUAUUACUGUUGUCAUUAGAACUUUCCCUAGCCUUUGGGGAUUGUGGUCCUGAGUUUGGAGGAAAAUGCUCAUGUCAAAAGGGAGAAUAUGAUGGAAAGAAUGAACAAUACAUUGUCAAUUGUACAGAUACUGGAUUCAACGAUACAUCGGUCCUCCAGCAUAUACCUCCUCAAACACAGGUUCUGAUAUUCAGUGGGAACAACAUCCCUGAGCUUCCAUGGAAUGUAUUUGGGACUUUUAACAAUUACAGUCAGCUUCGGGUAGUUGACAUGUCAAACAACAAGAUACGUGAAAUUCGAGGGAAAUCAUAUCACAGAGUUGGAAAUGUGCAGCGUCUUCUUCUAAACCACAAUGAUCUUUCAAUCUCUUCAGCUGAUGGCUCCAACCACCACCAUCCAAGAGUAUUUUCUAGUUUUAUCAAUCUCAUGGAAUUACAUCUUACAGAUGCUUUUGCUGAUAAUACCCCAGAUGAUCUAGCAACUGACUUACAUGAUAUCUUUGUAAAUAGCAAUCUUACGCAGCUGACUAAACUUCAUCUGGAGCAAAAUGAAAUUACACGUUUCCGAGACCCACAAGUCUUCUGUGAUCUCCCAAAGCUUAUGGAUCUACAUCUUGGAGAUAAUCUUUUGAGAAGUUUGAAUUUCAAUAUUACUUGUUUGAAGCAUCUUCGGUUUCUUGAUUUGGAAAGAAACAGGAUGUCUGGCUUUAGCACUGAAGAUUUAGACAUAUUAGACUCAUUCCCUGCACAAAAUAGGACCUUUGUCAUUGACUUAAGUGGCAAUCAUUUCAUUUGUGACUGUAAUAUUGCUGAUUUGUAUGCAUGGUUACAAAAAACACAUGUUCAGGUACGAAACAAGGAAAUGCUACGUUGCCACCGCGGUCUUCCUGAAAGUAACGGUGGAGAGCCAAUUAUGGAUCUGCGUCAAAUACAGUGUGCUCCAAAGAAAACAGUUGCAGCUGGAUCAGAUAUGCAACAUAAAGCAACAGCUAUUGUUCUUGGAGUUCUUACAGUCAUCUUAUUUGCCCUUCUAGCUGCAGUUAUAUACAUGAACAGAGUGCAAAUAAAAUAUCGUCUCACUCCAAUACUAGACACAGUUUCUCGUAAAGUACAGUAUACUACCAUUGGUAAACAAGAUGACCCAGAGAUGGAUGUUUAAGAAGAUGAAGAUGAUAAAAGAAAUUAAUUUUAUGAAAGACCAAUUAUGUUUUCGAGAGGUCAUGUUCAUGUGAUAUUUAAGAUAUUAACAUUUAAAUCUUACAUUGAAAGAUAUGAGAAGAAUAAUUGGUACUAUAGUUGAACGUGACCUUCAGUUGAGACUCUUGAUGAGUAGUUAAAACAGGUAUGGUAGGUGGUACAGUGCUGUUGAUUGUGUGGUUGAGACUUGAAAGAAUGUCAAAAUGUAAUGCAGCAAAUCAGAGUGGUCAUGGAUCCAAUCAAGUAUUCUUGAGUUAUUUUCUGAACCUGAAGUUGCAAAUGGCAAUAGUAGUGGAAUGUGUUUAGUAGGAGAACAUGUACUCAUUUCAGAAGUAGCAAUAAGUAAAACAUCUGUAAAAGUCAAAACAGGAAACUACUAGUGUGUAUGUGGGUGACUGAGGUGCUUAUUAUUUCUCAGUCUACUCAUAUAUUGUUUUGUUUGAACUGCUUAGGUUAGUGUGAUUCAUGGUCCGCUGCUGUGACACACAGUCGAUUGUUUAAUAAUAAACUUAAUAAUGCUGAGAUUCUGAUACAUGGGUAACAAAAUUUACAAAUUAUUCUGUAUGCACAAUGUUUGUAAGUAUAAGAAAAAACGUUUUUCUUAAUAUAACAUCUAAAUAAAAAUGGAGUUGUAUACAUGGAUUGAAAGGAGACAGAGAGUGAAGCAAGGAUAUAAGGAAUUCAUGUUUACCAGAUGCAAGACUGUAUACUAUCAAGAAGUUUUCAAGUACAGUUCUCAAGGAAAGUGGGAUUUAGAAGAUCACAACUCAAAUGGUUUGAACUGUUUAUAUAAUCUUGGAACAGGUCUGAUGAGCUUAAACCUUGAUGGAAGAAGAAAAUAAAGAGAGGUUGUUUUAUAAUCUAGAAACAAGGUAAAUUAAUUGAUAAUGUUAAUAGCUAAAAAUUAAUAUUCACUACCUACCAAUGCUAAGCAUGAGUCUGAACAUAGAUUUAUAGGCAUUCUUCAUUCGCUAUAAUGGAUUUUACUUGGGCUGGCAAGUUUUUGAAUAAUUAGGACCUGUUUGAGAUGUUGACUCAGAGACCUGCAUUGCUGCAGUUCUAAUUAAAUGGAUGAUUAAAUUUUGAAUACCUUGAGAUGGGUCAUGUCUCAUCAAUUUGUAAUUUUUAAGAUGCCUAUCAACAGUUAUCUUUUCCAUAAUAGUUCCAGAUAAUUUACAAUGUGCAUAUGAACUAGCCAGUAAAAUUAUUAAGUAUAA